GUGACGUCACGAGAGCAUCAACAAAGUUAGAUCUGGUGGAGAACUGCAUCACCUUCGAGGCUGUCAGAAAAUUAUCUUAUUUAUUUUCUGCAAGAAAAAAUAUUCCGGAUGGUUGGGCAUUGUUCAAUUUCCAGGUCCAUGAGUGCGCAAAAGACAUCAAUGUGUUUAUCAGCUGAUUUUGUUAAGAAGAAUGUUCAAUAAUAUCGGCGGGGGACCGCCAUCUUGGACUUCCAGCUCUAGCGGGUUGCCAGAUCGUAACAAAAUUAACGAGGCUGUCAACAACAGCAUGGAAAAUGUAAACCUACAAAGCCUGGACCCAAGAAAACAAGAACUGUUAGAAGCCAGGUUCUAUGGAAGUAGGUUUCAGCCUCUGAACAUUACACAACAGCAGGACAACAGUAACCUUAGCGCAGGCUCCGCGGAGAGGGAUGACGAGCUAAUCGGGGUGGUCCACACGCCAGAGAAGCAUGCUCGGACACCUUCUGAGAGGAAAAGAAAACGAAAGGCCACCAGUGAAGGCACCGAAAGCAAUACUCCAAAAUCCAACCGACCAGAAGCUAAUGGGAAGAAAAUCAAUGAAUAUUUCAAGCAGAACCAGUCACCUAGUCGUAGUGCCAACAGUCAGUCGGCCGGGACCAAGUCACCCUCACCCCAGGGGAUGAGCUACAGCUACACUGCCCCCUCCCCUAGUAAUCACAGCAAUUCCGACAGUAUUGGCUACCCUCCUGUACCUCUGUAUCACUGUAACAAGACCAUACAGACGGACUUGAACCUACAACAGAUACUUGUCCUAGAAAACAAGUCUUCAUCUCACAUAGAACAGAAGGAUAGCAAAAUAGAUGACCUACUACGGCAAAACGAUGAGUUACGACGACAAUUAACAGCACAACAGAAGCUUAUAGAAAAGCACAAAGAAAAUUUACAGAAGUGUCUCAACGUCAACAAGUCAUUAUUAAUAGAAAAGAGUAAGUUGGAGAAGAAGACGACGAGACAAAAGUGUAUGGGGGACCGACUGAGACUGGGCCAGUUUGUCACGCAGAGACAGGGUGCUACGUUCGUGGAGAACUGGGUCGACGGAUGGGCCUUCACAGACCUGAUGAAACAACAAGAACGAAUAUCGUCUGAUAGAGAAGAAAUAGAAAAACAAAGAAAACUUCUUACAAAGAAAAAACCAACCCCAACUGUGAUGAAGAACUCGAAACAUGACGCUUUCCUCAAGCCAGGUGGAGAUAAGCCAAUGACGCUGGCUGAAUUCUACGAACAGGAUGAAAUAUUAAAGUUGCGUCAAGCCAGCCUGAAAAAGGAGGAUGCAGAUCUUCAGCUAGAAUUAGAAAAAUUAGAAAGGGAACGGAACCUACAUAUACGAGAACUUAAACGGAUUCACAAUGAGGACAACUCUAGGUUCAAAGAACACCCAACACUGCAUGACCGGUAUCUCCUGCUAUGUUUAUUAGGCAAAGGGGGAUUCAGUGAAGUACACAAGGGUUUUGACCUAAAAGAACAGAGAUAUGUGGCUUGCAAGAUCCACCAGUUGAACCGAGAGUGGAAGGACGACAAGAAAGCCAAUUAUAUCAAACACGCUUUAAGAGAAUACAAUAUCCACAAAAGUCUUAAUCAUCCCAGAAUAGUGCGACUGUAUGAUGUAUUUGAAAUAGACAAUAACUCAUUUUGUACAGUGUUAGAGUACUGUGAAGGGAACGAUCUGGACUUCUAUCUGAAACAAAACAAAUCCAUUCCGGAGAAGGAAGCCCGUUCCAUCAUCUCCCAGACCGUCAGUGCUCUACGCUACCUGAAUGAGAUAAAGCCACCUGUGAUUCAUUAUGACCUUAAACCAGGCAACAUACUGCUUGGAAGUGGGUCAGUCAGUGGGGAGAUCAAAAUCACCGAUUUUGGUCUCAGUAAAGUGAUGGACGACGACAAUCUGACACCAGACGGCAUGGACCUAACCUCCCAAGGAGCCGGCACGUACUGGUACUUGCCACCAGAAUGUUUCGUCGUUGGUUCCAACCCGCCCAAAAUCUCUUCCAAAGUGGAUGUCUGGUCAGUAGGAGUGAUAUUUUACCAAUGUCUGUACGGCAAAAAGCCAUUUGGGCACAACUUAUCUCAAGCUGCCAUACUAGAAGAAAACACCAUUCUUAAGGCUACAGAGGUGGAGUUCCCUGCCAAACCUCAGAUCAGUACUGAGGCUAAGGGUUUCAUCAGACAGUGUUUGCAGUACAAGAAGGAACAUCGGCCAGAUGUCCUAUUGUUGGCUCACCAAGACUAUCUUAGGCCUGCCCCGCUGAAAUCCAAAGGACAUUCAGGUGAUAGUGGUUUGGGAUCCGGAUCCAACAGUGUUAUACAGGCAUCGUUGUCGCUCAACCAACCUUCCGGCUUUACGUUUGGGGACAGAACAUGACAACAGUGUGUUGGACGUUGACCCAAGGGAGAUAACUGACCUCCACCUACAAUUCCAUGUGCUAGCCGAGCCCAGACAACUGUGUAUGGGGCAAGCCCCAUGUAGUCAUGUUGCCGUCACAAAUUGUCUGGAGGUCGCACAGAUGGACAGGCGGGCGCCGCGCCAGGUCCCUUGAGGGCCUCCGGCAGACCACACAAUAGCACUUAUAUACACAAGUCUCACCAGAAUUGGUGAUAGUUAAAUCUUUUGACCAAGCUUGUGUUUAAAAGAAACUGCAUUAAGUUGGUGGGGUCUGUUCUCACCAUCAUUUGUUGCCAACUUUUUUUUAUUCAAUUAGAUGGCAUGAUAUUUAUGUUAUAAAAAUAACUGCACUGGUGUCAUCCGUUGGCUGUGAAAUUACCUGUGAGAACAUGGUCAUGCAUUCAGCAUUUAUUGUACCGGAAUAUGGUCAGAACUGUUCUCAAGACUGGCUGUGUCGAUAGAAAAUAUACAGAAAAAAAUCAAUAUCUGCAGAAAAUAUUUUAAAACAACCAAGACCACAUAGCAAAGCUUUAAUGAUGAAGGAUUGUACGCUACAAUUAUGAUAGAAAAUAGAUAUUUUUAAAACCCACUUUUCCUUGAAGGCCAUAUGUGGAGAAGCAAUUUAUGACGUCUAGUUCCAGACAUUGCUAGUUACCGGUUGAACUAGACAAUCAAAAUAGUUCUGCCAGUCUUCAAGUGCAUCUUUUACUAAAUAUAAGUUUUGCAAGAGAGAAAAAAUGGAAUUUCAUUAUGAAUUGUGUUUCCUCAUAAAAGGAAUAACUACCACAUCACAAAAUUGGAAAUUAUAGCUAAAUUUGAAAUGCAAAAGUGAUCCUGAAUAACAUUAAAAGCCAUUUAAAUUGUUAUGACAGACAUUAAUGUUAUUCAGUAGAAAAAUUAGCGACACUAUCUGCUGUCCCCAGACAGUUUUCAGUGCUGAUAUGUGAUAGAGCAACCAAAUCUGUAUUGUCUGUGCACAGCCUGUCCUUGGGAAAAUUUCUGAACAUGUUCUUUAUUUAAAAAUUUGUGUGUUUUACACACGUUGUGGAAAGAGUGAAAAGAGUUAAGAACUCUGAUGUAUGCAUGAGUAUAAGAGUUACGAGGUUUAAUAGUUUGUGAAUGGAGAAAGCUAGAUACACGUUCAUGCACUGGUAAAAUAGAAAGUGGUCAUUGAAGGACUUGACAAAGUCCAGUUUAAUCGUACAGAUCCUACCAUACAUCGGUCAGUUGCUGCGUGGUUUGUGUGGGGACAGAUUCCGAUCUUUAAAUAAACAAUGUUCACCUCCUUUUGUACAAAUGAUUUCUACAGAGAUAACUUUGUGGUUUUCUGAUCCGAAAACAAGAGUUUGUCACAUAAACUCAUAGGAUUAAACUUCAGGCAAUGAUUAAUUUAUUCUCUGGGGGGGAAAAAGGUUUGUAAGAUGAACAUGGUUUUUUUUUUUUUAAAUGUCCACUAUGGUCACAUAUUGCUUGUAUAACCUCCUUUCUGACGUUCACAGCAAGGAAUGUUCUUGAGAUAAGUCUUUGAUAUCAUAAAAUGGCUGUGGGGAGUAUUGACUUAUGAUUCAAUGAUUAUUUGUUAUAAUUUGAAGCUAGGUUCUGAAUUGUGGAUGCUUUCAACCUUUAUGCAAUAUAUAAAUGGAAAUAAUAUUUUCCCAAAAAAAAAAAAAAAAAAACCCAAAAAAACAAGAAUGAGAAUAAAAUGCAUGAAUGAAAUUGAUUAAUUUAUUUAUUCCAAAAUUCUGUGGGGCAAACUACACACAUGAUUGAUUUAAACCUUGCUUAUAAAUAUUAGCUAUGAUCUCACAAGUUUCCUACCUGUGCUUACAUUAGCAACUACACUGAUAAUUCCAUGUCGAUACUCCACUGUAGAAAACUGACGGGUGGACACAACUUCGGAAAUCUGCCUCUGAACAAACCAUCCCAACAAACUGAUGAUGGGGUGGGUCUGUACGUCGUGUGUACAAAGAGUCUGCAGCGUUGUUGUUUGGGUUGGAGUGCAUGCGCGAAGACGUUUUAGCGAGUGCCAGUUCUCUUGGCUAAAACCCUGUACAGUGUUAUCGUGUGCGCGCGCUUUUGUAUGCAACUCUCACCUGUCCAAGGGGAUUCCAAAUCUAUCUUGUAUAAAUUAAUCAUGUAUAUAUCAAUUUUGUGUAGACCUCUUCAGACCAAUGAGCGAAUGGUCCACUGAUUCAAAUUGUCAUUUCUCUUGAGAAAAGAAAACCGAUGGAAUAUUAAGAAAUUCAAUUAUGUUGUUGAUUUUCAGGGUGACAUUUUUUUUAUGGCAUACUUUUGUAUCACAUUCAGAGAAAAGUUUUAAGAAAUUUUGCUACUUUAUAAAGGCAGUGAUUUUUUUAUUGUUAAUCAGAUGAUCAGUUUUAAGCAGGAACUUGAGCUUUUCAGAAUCCACUGUUUCAUAGUCUUAUAAAUUCAAGGGUGUUUUUCUAUCAAACUAAGCAUGUUUUAGCCCAUUAACACCAUAUUCUUCAAAAGUGGGUGUUAUUUUGCAUAUAUAUUGAAAAAAAUCUGAAUUAUUUUUUUGGGGCAAAUUUCUGAUAGUAGAAUAGGUGCUUUUUGCAGUUAUAUGGGUUUAAGUUGAAAUUUUCCUGAUUUCCAUGGUCGUUGGUUGGAAAGCAAAAUAAAGCUAGCUCUGCCAGAUUUCGGCAAAAAUAUGAAUUACCUGUUUGUGGUAAGAAAGUCAGCAAGCAAGGCUUUUAUGACAUGAAAAUACGAUUUUAAGAGAACAAACAAUACUGUUCUUUUGGUUAACAAAGAAAUACUAUAAAUAGACAAAUUAUUAUUGUUUUGGAAAAUCACAUGUAAAAAAAAUAUACAAUUUUAUGUAUUCUGAAUUUGCAAAUAUAAUUAUUUUUUGAAGCAGUAGAACUUCUAGGAUACAGAGUUGGCUAAUUGCAAAAUAUUCGUUUAUAUUCAGGAAAACGGUCAGUUUUUAUCCCCGUUUUAUUCGGCAGUUUCUGUCUUUUGUUUAUCCGAAAAUUAUUAUAUUACAAACUUGUUACAUGGCGCUUUAACGUAACAACUGGAAUAAGGGAUGGAUUUAUUCAAAAAUUAAUUUGUUUUACUUUUAAUUUAUGUUGAAGUUAUUUACUUUUUAACAAUGCUACAGUAUUGGUUCAUGGAAUAGAAUGUAAUUAUUUAUUUACCAAAAUAAAUUAGUGUUAAAACCAAACUGGAUAGAGUUAUUUGAAAACUGCACAAUUAAGAGGGGAAAAAAAUGGAAUAUAUUUAAAUUUGAUGAACAAAUGAAUCCUUACCUUUUAAUUACUUGAUUGAUCAGUUUUCAAGUUAAUCAUGAACAAUUUAUUUUUCAAAUAUUUAAAUGGGAACAGAUUGGGUUUUUUUCUGUUAUAAAGUAAAACAAACAUACAGGACUCUUUAAUUUUAAUCGUAUAUAUGUAUAUCAUAGUUUUGUUUUAAAGCACAACACCUCAUGAGAUUAUCCUGAAACUAGUUUAAAUAGGGUUUUGUUACUGGCAGAAUUAGUAGAAUUAAAAAUAAAACAAUGGCCUUUUAAGAGCUCAAUUGAAAAUAGUUAUCUGGUUCUUUAUGGCUGUAUUUACAUAGUGAUGCAGCAGCUGUUGUAAAUUACAAAUUCUUAAUUUUUCUACAUCUCUUCUUCACAGGAUUUUUUUUUUUUUUUUUAGUUUAAGAUGAAGCAAUGUAGUUUUGAUUUCAUUGAAAGCAUGGAAACACUUUAAAGAAAAUAAAUUAAUUAGCUUUUACAUGAUCUGUGUAAAGCAUUUUUAAAAUUUUGAAUAAAGCUUAACAAAAUUGUGUUGUAAUAUUAAAGGUAGUUCAUUGACGCUCUGUCAGGUAAGACCCUGUCGCUGUACAAAGAUGGGAAAGCAUUAACAAUAAUUGCAAGUUAAUCAUGUCUCUUUGAAAUCCAUUGUUAUGUAUACAAUCUUUGUUAUUCGGUCUCUUGUAAUGUCCGUUCUAGGCAGUGUCUGGCAUAAAACUGUUCUUCUGUUGUGCUUGGGGAUCAUGAAAUAUUUACAUGGAAUUCAUUGUCUGUUUUGUAAAUCUCUGAAAAUAUAAAAGGGAAAAAAAUAUAGUUGCUGCAUUAAUCACGUAAACCGAAAUAGAUGACGGCAACACUGUCGCGGCACAGAUUCAUAGAUAUGUCUAGUCAAGUUACAGCCUAUAAAUUUAAUCAUGUGUGUCAGCGAAUCGAAUGUCCAUGUGUGGAGGUGUUGGUGUACCUUUGAUCAAGUGCUCAACAUGAUGCAAACCUGCAUUGUUUUUUUUUGUGUGAUGUUAAUUUUGCCAUACUACCUGUGUUCUGUGUGUAGUGUCCUGUAUGAUUUCAUCGCUUUACUGUGUGUUAAGUUCUGUGUGAUGUUCUUGCCAUACAAACUGUGUGCUGUGUCAAGUCUAUGUGUGUGUCUGCUGUCAAGACAACUCUCAACUCUUUACCAGUGUGCAUGUCGUUAUAUUGAAAUAAAAGAAAAAAGAAAAAAAUGAA